AUGAGAGCAACCCUAUUCUAGUAAUUAAAAAAAAUAAGGGCCGAAUCAGCUAAAUCAGGAACUAACCGAAACAAACAGAUCCUUGAUACCUCAGAACUACUUCCAAGAUCAAGUUUUCAUAAAAAACGAAAAUAAGAAGAACCUAACAAUUCGUUUCAUGAAUAUUCAUGUUCAUUUAGAUUUCCGGAUAAAGAAAGAUAUGAGUAAGAAUUAAAGCAAUUGAAAAAUAACAUGAAUUCUUUGGAAAAUGAAAAUAUUAGGCUAAAAACCAAAAUUCAUUAGAUGGAAGACAAUUAACUUAAAUAAGAGAAAAUGAUAUAAGAAUUAGAUCGAAUAGGCCCUAUCAAAGCACCAUUACUCCAGGCAUUAAAUUCCUCGACUGCUUAAACUGCUUUAAAAAAAGAGAUUGCUAAUCUUAGACAAGAGUUGCAAAAAAAGGAUAAGGAACUAUAAAUUAUCAAAAAAACCCAAAGAUUUGCUUAGAUCAAUGAAUUGUAAAUUGAAAAAGCUGCCUUUUAAGAAGAAACAAUCAGAUUAAAAUAGUAGAUAGAUUCGCUAUUGUAAGCAAGUCUAUAUAACCUACAGCAGAAUAACGUAGAAUAAGUAAUUUAAGAUAGAAUAUUUGCUUUAGUAGCAUAAAUCUAAUAAGAUUUAGUGCAUUAGAGAGAACUGGAAAAGCUGAUUGAAAGGCUAAAAAAAGAAUGUCUAAAGUAUAGAUCAUAAUAAAUAGAUUAAGAAUACAAAAGCAAAAGGGAAAUUAAGAAGCUAAUUACAUAAUUAAGAGAAUAGACCUCUAAUAACUCAAAAGAAAACAAUAAAGAGUUGAAAUAGAUCCCAACCAAGGCUGAUGAAUUAUAAAAUCUAACUGAUUUGAUGUUUGCAAAAUAAGAACUUAAAUCAAAGGAUAAUGAGAUUGAAAGAUUAAGUUAAAUCGUCUUUGAUUUAGAGGUAUAAAUCAAAGAAAUAUAACUUGCUUAAAAUUAAGAAUAACAAGAUCCUUAAAAUUAAUCAUAAUAAUUGGAGACAACUUUGAAAUCUAAACAAAUUAAAUUAUCAUCCUAAGUCUUUGCAACUGAAGUUAUGUAAGAAAUAGCUUUGCCAAUUAAAAAAUCAAUUAUUGUGUAUCAACAAUAGGUAGUAAGUAAAUAGCCACCAAAAAGAAAGAUAAUACCUGUGAAAUUUGAUGAUAUCAAAAUAAUUGGAGAAACCCUCAAGUAUAGAUUAAUGGCAAUGGAUAUAGGAAUUUAAUAACUUGAUGAGUAUCUAUUCGAAGGGGACGUCAUGACAAUUCGAGAAUUAAAAGAUAAACUUAGAUUAUAUCCAUUCAAUUUAGCUAAAGAUGAAGCCUUUGUAUUAGCAAGGUAUAUUAUGGAAGGAGACUCUGAUGUGUAUGAAUUAGAUGAUUUUGCUUCAAAUCCUACUCCAUACAUUCGUUCUGUAAUUAGGAAAGUAUUGCUUAAUUAUAAAUUGGAAAUUGUAAAAUGCCAAAUCGAGCAUUCAGAUAAAUUAAAGGAUGUUCUAACUAAACUUAAACCUUUCAUUAUAAGUAACAUAAAGUAGCUGUAUGGAAGAGAUUGCAUUAGAGUGAGUAAGAGUUAAUUCAGAGAUGCUUUGGUUUCUUUAAACAUUGAGUUGAAUUAAUUUGAACUGGAUUAUUUAAUCACUUAAGGCAUUUUGGAAAGUAGAAGUGUGGAAUCUUUAAAUUAUCAAGAAAUGUUGAAGUAUGAACCUAUCAAAGUAGAGGAUUAGUAACUUUCAUUCUUAUUGACAGAGAUAGCAAAUCAAAAUAAAUAACAGCCUGAAAUGUCUGUAAUAAUGGAAUGUCCAGAGAAGGUUUCUGAAUUAGAAUAAUAAGAAUAUAAUGCUAAUUUUAAUGUAGAGUAAUAAGCUGAAGUCGAGGAUUAAUAUACAUUUGAUGAUAAAUAUGUAAGUGAUCAAUUUGAAUCAGAGAAUGAAAAAGUUAAAUAAGGGUAAUCAUCAGAUUACAUUUUGCAACAGUGA